AUGGCAGAAAAGUGCGUCCACCAGGGCUGCGGCAAGCUCUACUCCGAUGCAGAGGAGCCAUGUGUCUACCACCCUGGUCCUCCCGUCUUCCAUGAAGGCCAGAAAGGCUGGAAGUGCUGCAAGCCCCGUGUCCUCACCUUUGAGGAGUUCAUGACCAUCCCCCCCUGCACAACCGGCAAGCACUCCACAACCGACCUCCCCCCAAAGAUCGAGCAGAAGCCCCAAGCGGACCCCGCGGACGCGCCCUCUUUCCUCGAUAAGCUCGCAUCGGCAGCGGAACCGGCACGCAAGCCCCUCUCUCAAGCCACAGCCGCUCCAUCCCCUCCGCCUCCACCCCCGGAGUCCGAGUCCGACGACGCUUCCCUCGAGAUCCCCGACGGGACCACCUGCCGUCGCAAGGCCUGUUCGGCUACCUACCGCAAGGCCUCCUCGCGCGAUGGCGAGUCUUGCGUCCACCAUCCCGGCGUCCCCAUCUUCCACGAGGGCUCCAAAGGCUACAGCUGCUGCAAGCGCCGCGUCCUUGAGUUUGACCAGUUCAUGAAGAUUGAGGGUUGCAAGACAAAGAGUCGUCACCUGUUUAUCGGGAGUGGCAAGAAGAAGAACGCCGCGGCAGCUGGCGGCGAGGAGAAGCUUGAUACAGUUCGCACCGACUUCUACCAGACCCCUUCUACCGUCAUCGCCUCCUUCUUCCUAAAGAAGAUCGUCAAGGAUUCGGCCAAGAUCGAAUUCAAGUCGCAGUCCAUCGCUCUCGACCUGCCCACCUCAGACUCGCCGCCCAAGCGCUACACCACCGAGGUACCUCUGUUUGCGCCAAUCGAUACGGAAAAGUCCACCUUCAAGGUGCUUGGCACAAAACUUGAGGUGAACCUUGCCAAGGCCGGCGGUGAGUCGUGGCCUGUCCUGCGCAGUGACGACCGUCUCACUGGUGAGAUAUUACAAAUCGGCAAGGCGGGGCGCUUGCAAUAG